AUGGCGCCCCAGGACGCCGACGAGUGGCUGUCGUCGUUCAUCACAUUUGCUGAGACCUGGCCCGCGUGCAUCGUCGUGAGCGACAUGACGAUCCCCGGCGCGCCGAUGGUCUACGUGAACCCCGAGUUCUGCCGCGUGACCGAGUACCCGCGCGAGGAGGCCGUCGGGCGGAACUGCCGCUUCCUCCAGGGCCCCGACACGGAGCCAGAGUCGAUCCAGGUCAUCCAGGAGACGCUCUGCAAGGGCGAGGACUGCCACGUGCUCCUCACGAACUACCGCAAGUCGGGCGACAAGUUCAAGAACCUCCUCUCCAUGCGGCCCGUCUACGACGCGGACGACGUCUACCGGUACACGAUCGGCGUCCAGUUCGAGGUC